AUGGCACUCGUCUAUCCGUCCAUCCGUCUGCUCGUCCCCCCUUCUUCUCUCCUCUUGCUCCAGCCGAGCUUCGCCGGCCGCUUACGGCCAGCCUGGGAAGAGGCCACCGGAUGUCGUCUGCUAGAGGCUGUCGAUCCAGAAGACGCGGUGGCUGCAUGUCUCAGCACUUCCGCACGAUCUGCGUUGUUAGCUUAUCCAUCUCCUCCUACUGGACAGCGGCCUGAAGGGGUGGGAGAGAUGGAUGGUGAGGAACAAAGAGGGUGUGCAGCUUCGAGUUCUCCUCGUCAGCGUCCAGUGGGCGAGAUGUGCGUCCUUCACCCACCCCGACGUCUGAAAGGUGAUGCAAGACAUAUGCACCUGGGAGAUGCAUCCUUUCAGUCAAUUGGCGAGCAGUGGGCACACACUUGCAUGCUCGCCCUUCUGCGACCUCACGCGGGCAUCAAUCAUCCCGCUGCCCGAGAGAGCCACCACCAGCUGGACGAGGGCAUCAGCCUGGAUAUUGCGGUGGUAGCACUGAAUCCUACGCCCGUAUCCAAUGCUUUCCAGAUGAACGCCUGGACGGGCAGACGUCGGCCCUUAUCCAAGGUUUGGAGAUGCUCCUGCAUGGGCCUCUGGUGCAUCUUCCAUCUGCAUGCAACCGGCUGGGGAGCAUUACUAGUACACAUGUAUGAGCAGAUGCUACGGAGCGCUGCUGGGAUUCCUCGCUACUAUUGCUUCCGGAACAUCACCAUUAGUGGCCCUGCCGGUGGUAUCUUUCCGUGA